UGGCGGACGACGGUCGUGACGCACCAUCGGUAGACCAUAGAUAGUCUAUAGAUCUGCGGCGCCCUGUAUGUGUGUGUGUGUGUGUAUAUGCGCGCGCUUUUUUUCCGCCGAGUGCUUUUCAUCGACCACCCGUGAACGGUCCGCUCGCGACGCCCACACCCCUUUGACCGACACGCAUUCAUCCACAAUUAUUAUCAUAAUUAAUAGUAAUAAUAAUAAUAUUUACAAUCGUUUCGAUCGGGUUCGGUAGUUCUUGAAUCGCAUCGCCAACGAUAAUUUUAAAAUAUAUUAUCUAUAAUAGUUGUCAUCCGAUUUUCCGUGUCCGCGACCGCCGCCGCCGUUGACUACUCGCGGCAAUUUGAAAUCGUUUUGUGCGGAUCCGAUAUUGUUGGCGACUUUGAAAAAGCCAAAAAAAUUAAGAUAAUAUAGUGUUAGUUUUUUUAAAUCCCACAGGCAGCUCGGCCAACAUCGAGCCAACGGAGUACUUCACCAACGGGUUUCGGCAAGGUGAAUGACACCGUGAAAAGGGUUAUGAUUGGAAUGGAACUUGGUCUGGGGCACCAUGGAGGCUCGUUGCACCCUCACAACAUGCCACAACAUCAGAUGCACUCGCAAGGAUUGAUGCAUCAAACGCAACAGCAGAUGCACCACGACGAUGGUAAAAAGAAAAUGGGAUCCGGAAACAUCAGCAGCAGUAGCAGUGUCAACGGGUUCUCACAGGAAGGCCACGGUGGUGUGAAUCAACUGGGAGGAGUGUUCGUCAACGGCCGACCGUUACCAGACCUAGUCAGGCAGAGGAUAGUGGAGUUGGCACAUAACGGUACUAGACCCUGUGACAUAUCCAGACAACUAAGAGUGUCGCACGGGUGCGUGUCUAAAAUUUUAUCCAGGUACUACGAGACUGGUAGCUUUAAAGCCGGCGUUAUCGGAGGCAGCAAGCCCAAAGUGGCAACCGCACCCGUCGUAGACUCCAUAGCAAAUUACAAACGAGAAAAUCCGACCAUGUUCGCUUGGGAAAUCCGCGAUAGACUAUUGGCGGAAGGCGUUUGCACUCAGGACAACGUGCCCAGCGUGUCAUCGAUCAACAGAAUCGUUCGAAAUAAAGCCGCCGAGAAAGCAAAGCACGUGCACAAUCAACAGCAGCAGCAGAAUCAGCAUCAUCAACAGAACAGCAAUAGCAACGGCAGUACGGGCACUCCGUCUAGCCAGCAACUCCAUCAGCAGCAACAACAGCAGCAGCAGCAACAAGGUCCAGUAUCCGUCAUCGCCCAUGCUCCUGCCCCACAACAACCGGGAGGCGGUGGACUACAGCAACAGCAUGACCGGUACAGCAUCAACGGUAUACUCGGUAUACCACAACACGAUCCCAACGGUAACGUGACCACGGGGAAGCGAAAACGUGGUGACCUGGACCAUCACCACCACCACCACCACCACAACCAUCACCAACAACACCACCAUCACGCGGGCGAUGAAAACCGAGAUUUGAAUUCGGACAAUCAGCUGCAAAUCAAGAGAGAACGAUCUCAGUUACACUACAACGGCGGCGAUGCUUCGUUGUACUCGAACGUAUCACUGUGGCCGAGCAAAUGGUGUUUGAAAGACGAACAGAAGCUGUUCUCCGAGCUGAGCACCGGCGUCACGUCCGGUGGAGGUACCUCGCCGUUCUACGAUACCAAUCAAACGGCAUUUUCCGCAGCUCCUUUGACUGCAGACCUUUACGAGAGCAUGACUCAACCGCAACAGACUCAGAACGCGACACCGGUGUACACUCCUCCAGUGCCCACCACGCUCGUAGGCGGAGUCACCCCUCUAGCCCCCUUAACCAUGCAAGAGAUCCAAAAGAUGAGUCCCGGCACAGUUUUAGUGGACCACACACACCUGUCACCUGUGCAAUAUCAUACAGAUAGCGGUACGCCGGGAGGGUUUAGUAACGACGGGGGAGCCGGAGGGCCUCAGGCCAGUGGCGGCGGCGGCGGCGGUGUCUCCCUGUCGUCACUGUCUGCUGACGUCACUCCCGCCGGGUCUCCCGAUCCUUCCAACCUGACCGUAUUGCAACCGGCAAAUAACAACGUUCAGAACGGUGUGGUAUACGCGGCGGCCACCCCAGCCAUGUUGCCCGGUUUCGCCACUCAUUACACCUCAGGCGCUGGCACGGAAUACGCGUCGUACACGAGUUCGCCGUAUACGCAAUACUCUCCGUCCCCGUACGCCGGUUACAGUUACAGCACCACCGGCACAAGCAGUCUUCUCAAUCACCGUUAUUACUACAACAACAACAACAAUAACAACAACAACGGCGGGCACGAGAUCUGCGGUAACGAAACGGGCAGCAGCGCCAGCAUGGCUGCUAGAUCGCCAGUGGCGGCUACCCGUGCCAAUUCUGCCGCUUGCGCCAGCGCAUCUUCGCCACUGGGCAGCGCGUCGUCCCCGUGCCAAGCAAACAACCCAGGCGGUGCAGUCACUUCGCCGUACAUUGGUAUCAGCUAAGAAGCGCACACCGAAAAUACAACAAUAAUAAUAAAUUAUAAUAAUAUUGAUUAUAAAAACCAAUCAUAUUAUUAUUAUUGUUAUAGUAUAAUAGAGUAUUUAUUAGACACAUCGAAACGGGCCGCCAUCAAAAUAAAAUAUUGUAUCUUCAGUCCCUGUGAAAAUAUUUUACUAUAUGUUGUAAUAUUGUAAAUAUCCUUUUAGGUAGUUUCAAGCGAAUAUUAGAUUUUAAGCAUGUAAUAUUAUUGUAAAUCAUCAAAAUUAUUGAAUAUUAUACUACUAU